UACAACUGACCCAAACAUUUUGCAAAACAGUCACUGUUACUACAUGAGAUACAUUCUGAAAUUUUUUCCGAACAAGGGACACCAGGACAAAUUGAGAGCAAAGGACGCAAGAACACACAAGAGAAGGACGCCAAACCUGACACCUGGGGCCAGAACUACACUUCCCACCAAGCAGCGAGGCAGGAGGAAGAAGGGGGCACUGAGGGCUGAAAAGGAAAACCAGAAGAAAGAGAAAACAUUACGUGCUGACCAGCAGAGGUGAGAGAGCUGGACAGAUCCCCAGUUCCUGGUGCUGAAUUCCAUCCUUUCUACCUAGCUCUGUUCUAGGUGGCAAGAACCAUGCACUUCUCCGGCUCAGCCAGGGCAGCAGAUGAGAACUUUGACUAUUUGUUCAAGAUUAUCCUCAUUGGGGAUUCCAAUGUGGGGAAGACAUGUGUGGUGCAGCAUUUCAAGUCUGGAGUCUACACGGAGACACAGCAGAACACGAUUGGAGUGGACUUUACCGUGCGCUCCCUUGAUAUUGAUGGCAAGAAAGUGAAGAUGCAGGUGUGGGACACAGCUGGCCAGGAGCGCUUUCGCACCAUCACCCAAAGCUACUACCGCAGUGCCCACGCGGCCAUCAUCGCCUAUGACCUCACCCGGCGAUCCACGUUUGAGUCCGUCCCUCACUGGAUUCAUGAGAUAGAGAAAUAUGGAGCAGCAAAUUUGGUCAUUAUGCUGAUUGGAAAUAAAUGUGACCUCUGGGAAAAGCGGCACGUCCUGUUCGAAGAUGCCUGCACACUGGCUGAGAAGUACGGCCUCCUGGCCGUUUUGGAGACAUCGGCCAAGGAAUCCAAGAACAUAGACGAAGUCUUCGUGCUCAUGGCCAAGGAGCUGAUCGCCCGCAACAGCCUGCACCUAUAUGGGGAGAGUGCCCUGAACAGCCUCCCACUGGACUCCAGCCCCGUUCUUAUGGCACAGGGUCCAAGUGAAAAGACCCACUGCACUUGCUAAGAUGUUUGCAAAGCCAGUCACACCCACCAAAGAGGCCACCUCUGAAACUAAAGGUAGCCAGGAUACCGUAGUGUUGCCCCAGUGGCACUUUAGACCCCAGCGUGGACUUGCCGCUCACCCCUAAUCCUCCCAGUCUGGAUGGGUCACGCUUCUCCCUUGACUCACACCACAGGUUGUAGCUGCUGACUCUCAGGAAAACCAGCACCAUUGUUUUCACUGACUCUUGACUCGGGAGAAAGCAGGACUUCAGGCCAGGAGAGGGAGGACGAAUUGUACUCUUCUCCCCUUUCACUUUUCUGUCUCCCCAACGCUUCUGCUGCCUUCUACUGAAUUUUGUUUCUUGCUUGAAGAAGAGCGUAGUGAAGGAGAGGAGGGAGGCAAAACAGCAAGAGAGAGAAGAGGCUGUUUGGAACAUUCUGGAGCAGUUUGAAACAGCUCAGGCAGGGAGAAUGGAACAAAAGCCCGCAAUUAGAAACCAGAAUGCUGCUAUCAUUUUGUUCCUGACAUUCACACCUCAGGUCUUCACUUUGGGGAGCAAAGCCUUUUAGCAGAAAUACCAGAAGUACCAUCUUGCCAAAUGGUCAGGAGCUGUCCGAUGGAGAUGGAACUGGAAUUCACUCUAUUCUAGCAGGGCUGCCUUGGCCACCCAUCUGGGAUAGGGGAGACACCUGCAAUGUUUUUUCUUUCUUUCUUUUCUUUUUUUUUUUUUU